AUGGAUUUCGGAAUGACCACCGAAGAGGACUUCGCUCGUAACGCUGAAAAUCGCAGGGACGAGGAGCGCGUUUCAGCCUUCAACAAAAACAUUAACGACGGCGGCUUCCUUAAGCAGAGACACGUUGGAGAUGUCAUUUUCCAUAAUCCAUUCAUGGUUCACGCGAGUUGCAAGAAUAUGGACCCAGAGAAUCGCAUCCGCUUGGCCACUGAUCUCCGGUUUGUUAACCCAAAGAAGCCGUAUGACGAGCGCUGGAUGAAGUGA